AUGCGCCGCGCCGGCGGCCAUCGACCGCGCUCCCACUCACCGAUCAAGAGCGCGCAACCCAAGAACAACUACAAGGCGUCCAAAGGGGAGCAGCAACCAGUGCAGCUCGCCCGCGCACUCGUCAACCAAGUGCCGAAAUCGGCAGGAACCACGGCCACGAAGCGCACGACAACGGCAACGACGACAACGACAACGACAACGACAACGACAACGACAACGACAACGAUACCAUCAAGCAUCCCGCGCCAACCAACGAGCGCGGUCGACAAGCAGCGCACGACGCGCAUCCAAGACCCAAGGACACCAUCACCUACCGGCGCCCGUAACAGGGAGUCGGUACAGCUCAAGGACAAACGCAACGUCCCGCCCGCGACGCAACGCACGGCAACCGCCACAGCGCCCAAGGACAACGAGCCACAGCUUACGCCGGCGUACAAGCCCGCGCAGCACGAAGACUCGACAACAGCCCACCAGGCAGCAAGACCAACGCACCGACACGCACGGGCACAAGCACUCACAACGAAGGACGCCACCACUAACAAGACGUCCCGGCGCAAGCGCGACGUCGGAGAACACCGCGCCCACGAAGGCCACAACGGCAUGAGCGACCACAUGCAUCGCCUUUUCAACACCCGAUGA